AUGAGUAUUACUAGUGAAGAAUUGAACUACUUGAUCUGGAGAUAUCUCCAAGAGACAGGGAAUGAAUUGAGCGCCUUAGCAUUACAAGAAGAGACAAGAGUUAAAGAGUUUGAUAAGUUGUAUAAACAGCAUGUUCCAUUAGGUACCUUAGUUAAUUUGGUACAAAAGGGGAUACUUUUUAGUGAAAGUGAAUUAUUUGUUGAACGAUUGGAUAAAGAUGAAUUGAUUGAUUUAUUUAAGCAUUCAAAUGGUCAUACCAAUAAUAAAUUAGAAGAAUAUAUUCAUAAUAGAAAUAAUAAAAAGAAUAACGAUGGCACUGAUAGUGGCAGCAGUGGAAACAAUAUUUUUAAUUUAGCAAAUGCUCUCAGGGUGGACACUAGUUCUAUACCUGAAUUAGAAGCAACAGGAAGAUUUGCACUAGUUAACGAUGAUAUUGAAAGAGAUUUGGGAAAAGAGGAAAAGGAUCAAAUUGAUAGUAAGAAUGAUACAGUCACUUCCCCACUCAAUACAAAUAAUGAGCAAUACAGUGUUUCAGGAACUGCUACUUCUAUGGUUCCUAACGUCAUGGAUUCUUCUAUGAAUUCUGCCAAGCAUCUUAUUAAAGAAUUGAAAUUAUUUGUACCUAAUUGGACACAAUCAUAUUUGACCAAAGAGAAAGUGAAUUACUUGCAGUGGAAUCCACAAAGACCGAAUGUUAUUGCAUUGGGUAUUCAAAAUGAGGCAGUAGCCAAAAUUAUUCAGUUUAAAGGGGACUCUAAUGGGGCUGAUAACGAGAUCCAUGAAUUAAGACAUCCAUUUGCCUUAAGUUAUACGUUAGGAAACACAACUAAUGAGAUUACGUGUUUGGAAUGGUCGAAUGAUGGUAAGUAUAUGUUGACGGCGGUGGAAAAUGGGGAGAUUAGGUUAUGGUCAUACGAUGGUCUUUUAAAAAAUGUUUUUAAUUUCCAUCGUGUUCCAAUAAUAUCGAUUAAAUGGAAUUAUGAUAACACACUGUUUCUUUCAAUGGAUAUUGAAAACGUGGUGAUUCUUUGGAACGCAAUAAAUGGCACUGUUGUUCAACAUUUUGAAUUAAUGAAAUCACACAGUGGCAAUAUUGAAACAUCAUAUAAUAAUUCAAGUGCUAUUAAUAGUGGCAAUAAUAAUAACAAUAAUACUAAUAAUAAUAAUAAUGAUAUAAGUAACGAGAAUAAAAGCAAUAGCAAUAAUGAUAAUAAUAACAAUACUAGUACUACUAAUAAUAAUAAUCUUACUAUGACAAGAGAUAAUAAGGUAAUGAAUGUAAAUGUCAAUGGUACUGAAGUUGCAUGGGUGGAUAAAGAUAAGUUUGUAUUACCUGCAAACAAUGGCAAAUUAAAUGUUUAUUCGAUACAAUCCAAGAAACCGAUAGGUAAGUUAAUUGGACACGAGCAAACUAUUAGUGACAUUAAAUUCAACGAGUCGAACAAACUGUUGGCUACAAGUGCUGAUGAUUUGUCAAUAAGAGUAUGGCAUGGGUCAAGUAGUAAUUCGAACUAUAUAUUUUAUGGACAUUCGCAGAACAUUAUAUCUAUUGAAUGGAUCAAUGAUGAAUUGAUAAUAUCAUGUUCGUUGGAUGGGACUAUUAGGGUAUGGUCCAUACAGGAACAAAGUCUGGUCGCCAUUAAGUUGUGUGAGGGUGUGCCAAUAAUAUGUGGUAAAUUAUCUAACGAUAAAAAAAGAUAUGUGAUUGGUUUAUUGGAUGGUAAAGUUAAAUUAUUUGAUAUAGCGUAUGUAUUGAGUGGGUAUGAGAUUAGUGAGAAAGACGAUAUUUUGAGACAGCCCUUGUCUAUCCCACUAUGUGGUGAAUAUGCAAGUAGCAACUUAAAUGCUAAUAUUAAUGAUGGUAAUAGUAAUAAUGCUAAUGGAAGUAAUGAUGAUGGGGAUAGUAUGGUAUUUGAUAUAUCAUGGAGUGAAGAUGAUUCAAAAAUAGCUAUAUCAUAUUCAAAUAAACCGGGCAUAAUAUUAUCUAUAUAA